AUGAGAUUUUUGACUGCGAAGAGAUUUGUUCACCGGAAUCUUCUGGUUAAAGGUAAUCCUGGAACUGCUUCUCCCUCGUCUUCCAUUUGUUGCUGGGUACGAGCUUUUUCUGGUUACAGAGAGAAGAUUAGAGAUGGGUUUCUUCAUGAUAUUAAGUUAGAUGAUGCUAUGGGUCUGUUCAGUGAAAUGGUAAAGUGUCGUCCUUUGCCUUCCAUUAUUGAUUUUAAUAAACUGUUGAGUGCAAUUGCGAAGAUGAAGAAGUAUGAUGUUGUCAUCUCUCUGGGCGAGAAGAUGAAAAUGAUGGGAAUUUCACAUAAUCUCUAUACUUUUAGUAUUUUGAUCAACUGUUUCUGUCGCCGCUCUCAACUCUCUCUUGCUUUAGCUCUUCUUGGGAAGAUGAUGAAACUCGGCUAUGAKCCYGAUAUWGUCACGCUUUCUUCGCUUCUCAAUGGAUAUUGCCAUGGGAAUAGGAUUUCGGAUGCAGUAUCUCUGGUUGAUCAAAUGGUUGAACUGGGAUGUAMACCUAAUACCGUCACAUUCAACACUCUGAUCCAUGGACUUUUUCUCAACAACAAAGCUUCAGAAGCGGUGGCUYURGUUGAWCRRAUGGUCGUGAAAGGCUGUCAACCGAGUUUAGUUACKUAUGGUGUGGUAAUAAAYGGAAUAUGUAAGAGAGGUGAUACUGAUUUGGCUUUGAAUCUGCUCAAGAAGAUGGAUGAAAGGCAAAUUGUGGCUGAUGCUGUGAUCUACAACACAAUAAUUGAUGGUCUUUGCAAAUACAAGAAUGUAGAGAUUGCACUUGACCUAUUCAACGAAAUGGAGAACAAAGGAGUUARACCGGAUGUUUUCACCUACAAUUCCCUCAUAAGUUGCCUUUGUAAAUAUGGAAGAUGGGCURAAUCAGCUCGACUACUAAGCGAUAUGAUUGAGAGGAAGAUCAACCCCAAUGUAGUUACGUUCAAUGCAUUGAUCGAUGCAUUUGCGAAAGAGGGAAAGCUUUUGGAGGCUGAAAGUUUGUACGAGGAGAUGAUCCGCAGGUCUGUAGAUCCUGAUAUUUUCACUUACAAUUCUCUUAUAAAUGGGUUUUGCAUGCUUGACCGCCUUGAUGAGGCCAAGGAUAUGUUUGAUUUGAUGGUUAGAAAAGGUUGUUGCCCAAACGUAGUGACAUAUAGUACUCUUAUCAAUGGAUUUUGCAAUUCUAAGAAAGUAGAGGAUGCCAUGAAACUCUUUCGUGAGAUGUCUCAACGAGGAUUUGUUGGCAAUACAAUCACUUACACCACUCUAAUCCAAGGGUUUUUUCAAGUUGGAGAUUGUGAGAAUGCCCAACAAGUUUUCAAACAAAUGGUUUCUGAUGGUGUGCCUCCCAAUAUYAKGACAUACAACAUUUUGUURGAUGGUCUUUGCAAUAACGGGAAGCUAGAGAAAGCAUUGGUGGUAUUCCAGGAUUUGCAAAAGAGUGGAAUUGAACUUAAUAUUGUCACAUAUAAUACUAUGAUCGAUGGGAUGUGUAAGGCUGGGAAGGUUGAAGAUGGGUGGGAUUUAUUUCGUAGCCUCAGCCUCAAAGGAGUGAUGCCUGAUGUUGUAACAUACAAUACAAUGAUCUCAGGAAUAUGCAGGAAAGGCUUGAUGGAAGAAGCGAACGACUUGUUUAGAAAAAUGAAAGAAGAUGGGCCUCUCCCAGACAGCGGUACCUAUAAUACGCUGAUUAGGGCACGACUUAGAGGUGGUGACAAAGCAGCAUCGGUUAAACUCAUCAAAGAAAUGAGGRGUUUCRGAUUCUGUGGAGAUGCUUCGACAAUAAGCAUGGUCUUUAAUAUGUUAAAGGAUGGGAGAUUGGACAAAAGCUUUCUCGAUAUGCUUUAA